GGCGCGGUCGCCCUACGCCUCUGCCUCUCGCUUCCGGUCGCGGCGGCCUCCGUGCCGCCGGUCAAGACCGAUCGUCGGGCGUCUGCGGGGCAUGCGGCGCUGAGGAGCGGUGGACCUUGCGGCGGCGCCAUGAACCUCCUGCCGUGUAACCCGCAUGGCAACGGGCUACUGUACGCCGGUUUCAACCAGGACCACGGAUGCUUUGCAUGUGGGAUGGAAAACGGAUUCCGAGUCUAUAACACUGAUCCACUGAAAGAGAAAGAGAAACAAGAAUUUUUAGAAGGAGGAGUUGGCCAUGUGGAAAUGUUAUUUCGCUGCAACUAUUUAGCUUUAGUUGGUGGUGGAAAAAAGCCAAAAUACCCUCCCAACAAAGUGAUGAUCUGGGACGACCUGAAGAAGAAGACUGUCAUUGAGAUAGAGUUCUCCACCGAAGUCAAGGCUGUCAAGCUGCGGCGAGACCGGAUCGUGGUGGUCCUGGACUCCAUGAUUAAGGUGUUCACCUUCACGCACAAUCCCCACCAGCUGCACGUCUUUGAAACCUGCUAUAACCCUAAAGGCCUCUGUGUCCUGUGUCCCAACAGUAAUAACUCCCUCCUGGCCUUCCCUGGCACCCACACUGGCCAUGUGCAGCUCGUGGACCUGGCCAGCACUGAGAAGCCACCUGUGGACAUCCCCGCACAUGAGGGUGUCCUGAGUUGCAUUGCUCUCAACCUGCAGGGCACAAGAAUUGCAACUGCAUCUGAAAAAGGGACCCUUAUAAGAAUAUUUGAUACUUCAUCAGGGCACCUGAUCCAGGAGCUGCGAAGAGGAUCCCAAGCAGCUAACAUCUACUGCAUCAACUUCAAUCAGGAUGCUUCUCUCAUCUGUGUGUCCAGUGACCAUGGCACAGUGCACAUUUUUGCAGCUGAAGACCCAAAGCGGAAUAAACAGUCCAGUUUGGCAUCAGCCAGUUUCCUCCCCAAAUACUUCAGUUCCAAAUGGAGUUUCUCCAAGUUUCAGGUCCCCUCAGGCUCUCCAUGCAUUUGUGCCUUUGGAACAGAGCCGAAUGCGGUCAUUGCAAUCUGUGCCGACGGCAGCUACUACAAGUUCCUGUUCAACCCCAAGGGCGAGUGCAUCCGGGACGUGUAUGCGCAGUUCCUGGAAAUGACCGAUGACAAACUGUGACUUCACCGUGAGCAGGCUGUGCUUGCCGCCCAGCGCCCCCGGUCUCCUGGGGCUGGUGCCAGUGCCCCAGAGCCUCAUGGGAACGGGGCUGGAGGGAUUGCCCAGGACCUCAGUCUCGAAGCCAUAUGUGGUUCUCUGCCUUCCUGAGAAAGGUCUCCCAUUACCCGACUUAAAGAGAGUGCUCAUCACCACACCUGGACACUCGGUGGCUCUGGGCAGCCCAUGCUGGCCUGCCAGCCACUGCCCUUUAGCUCAGCUGCCACCUUAGCUAGUAGCUCCAGCACAUCCUCCACUGGUGGGCUCCAUCCCAGCCUAGGGACAGGGCUGCCAAGAAUGGGCACAAGGACGUUUGUUCCUGCCACAAACCCACUGUUUUUCGGAGAAGCAGACAAGUGAAUAAGUCAGCAGUGCAACACCACCUGGAGCCCGCACCUGCAGUCCUGGCACCUGGACACGUGUCUCUUGGGAGCACAGCCUGCUCUGGGCCUCAAGUGGCUGUCCCCACCCUGUUGGAGCCAUUAGGACGAGGCUAACACUACCCUCCAGCACAGAGCUGUGUCCACCCACCAGAGCCCUGUCCUUAUGGGGGUGCUGUGGCGCUUCCCCACCAUCUGUGGGUACAGAGCAGCGAGCACAGUGUCUGAAGGUUGGUCAUGGAGGAGAGCGCCACUGCUGUGGGCAGCAGCCCUGCCGGUCCUGCCCGGCGUGGAGGGAGUUGCCUCUGCCUCUCCUGCCCACUUCCCUCUCCACCACCCUCCCUCCCCAGCACUUGUGAGUAGCUGCACACUAACCUUCUGGGAGCCGAAGGCUCUUGCCAUUUUUAACACUUGGUGACUGCGCCAGGUCAUGGGCUCCACAUUGUCCAUGCUGUUGAGCUACGUGUUUAAUUUUCGUAAAUUCCUGUUAGAGAAGCUUUCUUCUGUGAUUUUCAUUUCAGGUUGCAAACUUUUAAAAUCUGUGUAGUGGCAAGUUCUCAGUUUUGCCGUUUCCUUUGCUGUUGUGUGGUCUGCUGUCUGUGAGUUCCAUGUCAAGUAUGCAUGUUACCUGUGUGUAUUUAAUCAUGAACUUUAAUUUUGCACACAUAUUUGUACUGUUUCAUUAAAUAAAAGUGACUAAUUUUGUCGUA